AUGGGUUCCCAGUACGACGCCAUAGGCGCAAAAUACACUACGGUUUUUAAAACGCAGCCGGCGUCUCUCGUCGAGCAGGCCAACUUCCGGGAUGCGGUGACCCCGCGUCUUCGACGGCCUGAUGGCAGCGGCGCCCGCGUGCUCGACCUGGCCUGCGGCACCGGUUUCUACUCGCGCCGACUACUGGACUGGGGUGCGGCCUCAGUAGUGGGUAUCGACCUGUCCGAGGGCAUGAUCACGGCGGCGCAGCAAGGCUGGCCAGCAGAGGACAAGCGGCUGCAGUUCCAGGUGGGCGAUGCGCAGCGGCUCGGGGCAGUUUUCGACGAGGGCCAGCCGUUUGAUCUCGUCACGGGCGCUUGGCUGCUCAACUAUGCCGCCAGCCUGGACGAUAUGACGGCCAUGUUUGCAAGCAUCGCGGCCAACCUGGGCGAGGGAGGCGUGUUUGUGAGCGUGACGCCGCACGCGACCGACGACAUUGAUGCGUUUGCCAAGAUGGCCAGCGACUUUGAGAGCGAGAAGCCGGAAAACUGGGGCGUCGCGGUGAACUACUACGAGCGGCUGGCCUCGGGUGCCGGCUGGAAGACCGAGAUCGUGGGCAGCCCAACGGGGAGUGAAGCAGCCGCAAUCCGCUUCUGCAAUUACCACCUGCGCAAGAGCAUCUACGAAGAGGCGGCACGGCGCGGUGGCAUGAAGGGCAAGCUGACGUGGCGUCCGGUGCGGCUGCCCGACGAAGUUGUUGCGGCGACCGGCCCUGAAGUCUGGGAGCUGUACUUUAGCAAGGGUCUGCACUUUGGCCUGUUGGAGGUGGAAAAGUGA